CUCUCUCUCCCUCUCCCACUCUCCUUAUUUUCCUUUUUGCCACUGCGGGGACUUUCUCUAAUUUGCAGCUUCCCUUCUCCCCAACACACACAGACACUAGCUGGUGGCUUGCAGACUGCGUCUGUCUGGAGCCAGAGAGGGAGAGCCAGUCCAGGGAGAGAAUGCUCCUGGAGAAGGAGUCUACAGUAGUCCGGAUCAAAGACUAGGCUGGGGAAGUCUCGCUGCAUUUGUGCUGAUUCUUCAGCUUGUUGUCUCUAACUGAGGAAGCAUUGACUGGGAACUGCUCAUUCAGAAAAUUAAAAGGAGAAAUCAUAGCGGAUUGAAGAAUGGCAGAUGACCGGAAAGAUGAAGCGAAGGCGCCUCACUGGGCCUCAGCUCAACUAACUGAGGCACCUGCACAUCCACACCCACCAGAGAUUAAAGAUCAAGGUGGGGCAGGGGAAGGACUUGUCCGAAGUGCCAAUGGAUUUCCAUACAGAGAGGAUGAAGAGGCUGCCUUUGGAGAACAUGAGUCUCAAGGUGCCUAUGCAGAUACCAAAGAGAAUGGAAUCAAUGGGGAGCUGACCUCAGCUGACAGAGAAACACCAGAGGAGGUGUCUGCACGGAUUGUUCAAGUAGUCACGGCUGAGGCUGUAGCGGUCCUGAAAGGUGAACAAGAAGCUGAGCAUAAAGAUCAACUUGCAGCCCUGCCUCUAGCAGCUGAAGAGACAGCUAAUCUGCCUCCUUCUCCACCCCCAUCACCAGCCUCAGAACAGACUGUCCCAGUCGAAGAAGAAGAAACUCUAGAGGGUCCAAUGGCUGGAAAAGAGAAGCCUUCCACUCUACCUGGGAAAGAGUAUGGGGCUGCCACAGCCUCAGACCUACCCAAAGACCUGAGUGAGGGCCAAGUAGCCCAAAUAGUUCUUGAAGAGUGUGACCCAGCAGGGUCCCCCCAGGAGAAAAGUGUAAAAGAGGUCACAGAGGUGUCUCCAGAAGUAAAAACACCUUCCUCUGCCAGGGAAGGUUUACUUACAGCCUCGAAGAUGGAGUUCCCAGAGCAACAGGAAUUGGCUUCCUCUGCAGCUGAAGCAGUAGAUAAGAAGGAAAAGGAAUCAGAGAAGCAAAAUAAGCCUGGUGACGACCUUAAACAUGCUGCCUUAGUUUCUCAGCCUGACACAACUGAAAUUCCCACCGAUAAAAAGAACAUGCAAGAAGAAAAUGCAUCCAUUUCUCUGUUUGGGCACACUUUUGGUGCCAGUUCAGAAGACAUGAAACCCACGACAGAUCCAAGCUUAGUGGUACCUAGUAUUGGCCUCCCCGCAGAGCCCCUAACUCCAAAAGAGCAAAAGAACUGGUUCAUUGAAAUGCCAACGGAAGCAAAAAAGGAUGAGUGGGGUUUAGUUGCUCCUAUUUCUCCUGGCCCGCUUACACCUAUGAAGGAAAAAGAUGUACUUGAGGAUAUCCCCAAAUGGGAAGGAAAACAAUUUGACUCUCCCAUGCCGAGUCCAUUUCAGGCAGGCAGCUUCACUCUUCCUUUAGGUGUCAUAAAGAAUGAGAUAGUUGCAGGAUCAUCACCCUUUGCCUCUGCCCUAUUACAGCUAGAGAGAAGAAGGUCUCUGGUGGGAGAAGGCAGUGGCCUAGUAACUGCCAAAGACAGCACUAAAACUGAAGAGCCCCAGAAGAACAAACCUGACAAAGUGGCAGAAGCACCAGUCUCGGAAGUAUUUGCCUCACUCAAAGAUGCUCCCAUUUCAAUUGUGGAAGAAUAUGUACUAGAAAAAGUUUUAGAGGAAGACAAAGAGGCCCUGAAGCAGGACAGUGUGCCAAAAGAAGAGUUGUCCACCCUCACUGGAGAGGAAUCUACACAUACUGAAAAGGAGCCUCAACUAAAGCAGGAAGAAAUAACCACUUCUGACAAAGUAGCUUCUCCUGAAGAGAGGGAGGAGUCAUUCAAAUCCAGCGAUGAAAAAAUGGGCUUAAUUCAGAUCCUGACAGAGCUUACUUUCACAAAAGAACAGAAAGGCCAGGAGUCCACCACAGAUAUAUUAAAACAGGACUCGUUCCCUGUAAGUCUGGAGAAAGCUGCUCCUGAACCAGUGGUACUAAAUGAAAAGAGUACAAUCCAGGAACUUUUUGAAGAAAAUGUUUCUGACAAAGAUAGUAAGUUUGAAGAGAUUGAGGCUGCAACAUCAGUUGAGCCCGACAUGCCAUUUUAUGAAGAUAAGUCUGGUAUGUCCAAGUACUUUGAAACAUCUGCCUUAAAAGAAGAGGUGACAAAAAGCAUCCAGCCAGGUAGUGAUUACUAUGAACUGAGCGACACCAGAGAAAGUGCCCCAGAGUCUUUUGAUACUGUUUCUCCCAUGUAUAAAGAUGAAGACAAAGGACUUCAGGCAGGGAAAGAUUCCCAGCCCAGUGUUCCGGCGCAAGAAGCAGGAUAUAGCUCUCUUGCACAGAGCUAUCCACCUGACUUACCUGAAGAACCCAGUUCUCCUCAAGAAAGAAUGUUCACCAUUGAUCCAAAAGUUUAUGGGGAGAAACGCGAUCUCCACAGUAAGAAUAAAGAUGAUCUGACACUAAGCAGGAGCUUGGGACUUGGUGGUAGGUCUGCAAUAGAACAAAGAAGCAUGUCGAUCAAUUUGCCCAUGUCUUGCCUGGAUUCCAUAGCCCUUGGUUUUAACUUUGGUCGGGGGCAUGAUCUUUCUCCCCUGGCUUCUGAUAUUCUAACCAACACUAGUGGAAGUAUGGAUGAAGGGGAUGAUUACCUUCCUGCCACAACACCGGCACUAGAGAAAGCCCCUUGCUUCCCAAUAGAGAGCAAAGAGGAGGAAGAACAGAUUGAGGAAGAGAAGUCUGCUAGAGAGGAAAAUACUCAAUUUGAGUCAUCCUGUGAGUCACCAUUCCUAGCCAAAGAGUAUUACAAAAAUGGCACUGUCAUGGCCCCUGACCUGCCUGAAAUGCUAGAUCUGGCAGGUACAAGGUCUAGGUUAGCUUCGGUCAGUGCAGAUGGUGAAGUUGCCAGGAGGAAAUCUGUGCCAUCUGAGACUGUGGCUGAGGAACGUAGUCCUGACUUGCCCCCUGUCACUGAUGAUAACCAUACAAUUGUGAAAACAGACAGCCAGCCAGAAGAUAUGGGCUACUGUGUGUUUAAUAAAUACACAGUCCCACUCCCAUCACCUGUACAAGACAGUGAGAAUUUAUCAGGGGAGAGUGGUUCCUUUUAUGAAGGCACUGAGGAUAAAAUACGAAGAGAUUUGGCCACUGACCUUUCAUUGAUUGAAGUAAAACUGGCAGCUGCCGGAAGAGUCAAAGAUGAAUCUAGUGCUGAGAAAGAAACAUCCCCACAAACUUCUAGUGACAAACUGGGACUUGGAAGGGAGUUUGAUCAGGAGAGGAAAGUUAAUGAUAAGCUGGAUACUGUACUAGAAAAGAGUGAAGAACAUGCCAAGGAAACAGAAGAAACUGAGGACAAAAUUGAAACCUAUGAGCCUGUUUCAGGCAAGGAGUUGACAGUGUCCAAGGAUGCAUCACCUCUCAUUGCUGAGAAAGCAGAGAAAGGUCUGAGUUCAGUGCCAGAGGUAGCUGAGGUAGAACCAUCAAGAAAAGCUGAACUAGGAAUGGAUUUUGAUGCAAAGAAACCUGAUCAGGGUCAAAUAGAUGUUAAAAUCAGUGACUUUGAACAGAUGGCCACAGGACUAGGCUUAGACACAGAAAGGGCAACAGAGCUUCAGCUUGAGGCUGCGAAGGACCUCACUCCCUCAUCCCCCACACCUCAGGAGACAGAUGGAUUUAUGGGUGUUGAGUCUAGUCACAUGAGAGAAGGUGCCAAAGUCAGUGAGACAGAAAUCAAGGAAAAGGUAGCAAAGCCUGACCUGGUUCACCAAGAGGCUGUAGACAAAGAAGAGUCCUAUGAGUCCAGUGGUGAGCAUGAAAGUCUCACCAUGGAGUCCUUAAAAGCUGAUGAGGGCAAGAAAGAAAUAUCCCCAGAAUCUUCUCUAAUUCAAGAUGAGAUUGCUGUCAAAUUGUCAGUGGAAAUACCUUGUGCAACUGCCAUUGCAGAGGCUGAUUUAGUCAUAGAUGAGAAAGUCGAUGUCCAGAUGGAAUUUAUUCAGCUGCCAAAAGAAAGCAAAGAGACCCCAGAUAUAUCUAUUACACCCUCUGAUGUUACAGAGCCAUUGCUUGAAGCCCUUAGUGCUGAACCAGCUGAGCCUCAGAUCGAGGAAGAAGAGAUUGAAGCCCAGGGAGAAUAUGAUAAACUACUCUUCCGCUCAGACACCCUUCAGAUUACUGACCUGGGGGUCCCAGGUGUGAGGGAGGAAUUUGUAGAGACCUGCCCAGGUGAACAUAAGGGAGUGAUUGAGUCUGUUGUGACCAUCGAAGAUGAUUUCAUCACAGUUGUGCAAACCACAACUGACGAAGGGGAGUCAGGUUCACACAGCGUGCGUUUUGCAGCCCUAGAGCACCCUGAGGUAGAAAGGAGACCUUCCCCUCAUGCCGAAGAAGAGCUCAAAGAAGAAGAGGCAGCUGAAGCCCAGGCUGAACCCAGAGAUGGAUCCCCAGAAGCCCCUGCUUCCCCUGAGAGAGGAGAGGUUGCAGUCUCAGAAUAUAAGACAGAAACCUAUGACGAUUACAAAGAUGAGACCACCAUUGAUGACUCCAUCAUGGAUGCAGACAGCCUCUGGGUGGACACUCAAGAUGAUGAUAGAAGCAUCAUGACAGAACAGUUAGACACUAUUCCUAAAGAGGAGAAAGCUGACAAGGAAGCUCGGAGACCAUCUCUUGAGAAACAUAGAAAAGAAAAGCCUUUUAAAACCGGGAGAGGCAGAAUUUCCACUCCUGAAAGAAAAAUAGCUAAAAAGGAGCCUAGCACAGUCUCCAGAGAUGAAGUGAGAAGGAAAAAAGCAGUUUAUAAGAAGGCUGAACUUGCUAAAAAAACAGAAGUUCAGGCCCACUCUCCUUCCAGGAAAUUCAUUUUAAAACCUGCUAUCAAAUAUACUAGACCAACUCAUCUCUCCUGUGUUAAGCGGAAAACGACAGCAGCCGGUGGUGAAUCAACUCAGGCUUCCAGUGUUUUUAAACAGGCAAAGGACAAAGUCUCUAAUUCUACUUUGUCAAAGAUUCCUGCCUUACAGGGUAGCACAAAAUCCCCAAGAUGCAAUUCAGCCUAUCCUAGUACGACUAUAAAGACUACAGUUUCUGAGGGUUUUUUAAUACAGCCCACCUCAGAGGGCUCCACAGAUGGUUUGUCAUGUUCAGAAUCAGGGAACAAGGAUGGAGUAACCAAGAGUCCAGAGAAGCGCUCCUCUCUGCCUAGACCAUCCUCCAUUCUCCCUCCUCGCAGAGGGGUAUCAGGAGACAGAGAUGAGAAUUCCUUCUCUCUUAACAGCUCUAUCUCCUCUUCAGUACGGCGGACCACCAGGUCUGAGCCUAUUCGCAGAGCUGGGAAAAGUGGUACUUCAACACCCACUACUCCUGGGUCAACUGCCAUUACUCCUGGCACCCCGCCAAGCUAUUCCUCACGCACACCAGGCACUCCUGGAACGCCUAGCUAUCCCAGGACCCCUCACACACCAGGAACCCCCAAAUCUGCCAUCUUGGUGCCCAGUGAGAAGAAAGUUGCUAUCAUACGUACUCCUCCAAAAUCCCCUGCUACUCCCAAGCAGCUUCGGCUCAUUAACCAGCCACUGCCAGACCUGAAGAAUGUCAAGUCCAAGAUCGGAUCAACAGACAACAUCAAAUACCAGCCAAAAGGGGGACAGGUUAGAAUUGUAAACACGAAGAUCGAUCUUAGCAAGGUUCAGUCCAGAUGUGGUUCCAAGGAUAACAUCAAACAUUCUGCUGGGGGCGGAAAUGUACAAAUUGUUACUAAGAAGAUAGACCUAAGCCAUGUGACAUCCAAAUGUGGCUCUUUGAAGAACAUCCGCCACAGACCAGGUGGUGGGCGUGUGAAAAUUGAGAGUGUAAAGCUGGAUUUCAAAGAGAAAGCCCAGGCUAAAGUGGGUUCCCUGGACAAUGCCCAUCAUGUACCUGGAGGUGGCAAUGUCAAGAUUGACAGCCAGAAGUUGAACUUCAGAGAGCAUGCGAAGGCCCGUGUGGACCAUGGCGCAGAGAUUAUUACGCAGUCCCCAGGCAGAUCCAGUGUGGCUUCCCCUCGUCGACUCAGCAAUGUCUCUUCUUCGGGAAGCAUCAACCUGCUCGAAUCUCCUCAGCUUGCCACUUUGGCUGAGGAUGUCACUGCUGCACUUGCUAAGCAGGGCUUGUGAAUAUGUCUCAUUUAGCAUCAGUGUAAUAAUAUUUAGGCAUGAGCUCUUGGCAGAAGUGGGCUCUGAGCAGGUGUUAUAUUCAUUCUCUACAAAUCGUAAAAUAAAUACUCUCAUUCCCAAACUGUAGUAAUUGUUACAAUUUUAUAUUUAAAAAAAGAUUAGUUUGUGCAGGAACUGACUUGAUUUCCUUUUGCAACAGGAAGACACUGGCUUUACACUUUACAUGAAUUACAAUUGGACAGUUAUUUUUGUUCUGCUCUGUUUUGCAUGGAGUAUUAUUAUUUUUAAAAAUUGCAUUUUUACCUUUCAUGUGCCUGAAGGCUAUCCACUAUGUUCUGAAAGGCCUUGUUAAAAUCCAAGCUGCUCAUUUUACUCUUCUGUUGCUGGGUAAAAAGAUAAAAGCUGCCCAUUUUAACUUAUUACAGUUUAAAAUAAAUCAAGGAAUCUGAUUACAGGAUGGGAAGAGCAUGUAAGAAAUAUGCUUUUUUUUAAGUGUUAUUUUGUAUAAAUGGGAAGAAAGAAUUUGAUUAAGUUAUUAACAUUUGGGACCUGGAUAAUUAUAGCAGAGUAUAAAUCAAUCCAAUAAAUUAUUUAAUUGAAAAAAUAGUUGCAAAGCAUUUGAGCUGUGGAUAAGGAACUGGUGUACAAGUGCAUUUCUUAGGGAUGAAGCACUUUCACUAAGAUGGACUCAUCUGAUUAGAAAGUCAGUUGAUCAGCUAGAUUUAUGUCCACACUACCAGUCUCACCCCCCCUUUCCAUCUGUUAUAAUAAUACAGUAUUAUAGAUAUAAAUAUAUAUAUAUUUCUUUGUGGCCAUUUGUGAUACUUCCUCAUAUACUUGAAUAUUAUACUUCCUUACUCACAGUAUCUGUGUCUCCUGCACCCUUUGGUAUUGCAAUUUUAGAUGUGUGAAAGUAGAUGUUAGCAGGGUUCUUCCCUAUUCAAAAAAAAAGUUAAGACAAAAAUUUUUAGCAUGAAGUUGCUUUCUAUACAACUCAGCUGUAACCCUGUUUUAGUGCCAGAUAUAAGUCUCUCCUGUGAUGCUAGAAAAAAAUCAUUUUUCCUUUGCUUUCACCAACAUGGAGUUUAUAGGCAUGGGUCCAGUUAUACAAAAAAGGGUUACAGAUUGUUGAUUUAUGAUUAUGAAUGUCUCAUUUUUGAAUCAUAUAAUAGUUUGGAUUUUCCUCCUGUAAUCAUUCAUAAAACAGACUUCUUAAAAUUUUUUUUUUCCAUUUGCUAAAGUUGAAAGUAACAGUAAGAAUUUGGUAAAUGUCAUCCCAUUCUUCGGAAAUAGAAUGUUUAUUAAAUUUUCUGACAGAAAACGUUUGACCACCUUACUCUACAUAAAGACCUUUUCAUCAAAAAGAAAAGAAAUAUUUUGGGAAGUAAUAUCUGCAAAACAUUGAGAUGCAGAUUGUCUAACUCGAAUUUUUUUCUUCCCCAGACUUCAAAAUUAUACUUGGCAUGACUUAGAAAUAUUUAUCAGUAGGCAAUGUUGUUCCAACUUCAAAUACAUUCUAGAAAUCACCGUCAAUUCCUUCACAAAUCAUUCAUCUUAGACUUAUGAGCAAUCAGUGAAUGAGUCAGGGGCCCAAGACAGUGAGUCGCCAUUAUAGAUGGUUGCUUUUUAGUACUAUAUCCUUUGGAUCUGAACAGUUAAAAGCAAAAGCACUGGUAGGUACCUGACAAAUAAGCUCCUGAACAUACUGGAAGUAACGUUGAGCGUGAAUUGAGGCAACAAGAAGGCAGAGCACAGAAGUCAAAGGAUGCAAAAACAAACUUUCUGACACACUGGAAAUCAUAACCCAUGUAAUCACACUUAACAAAAAAAUGUCUCCAGGAUCAAACAUACACUAUUCUUCUCAAUUAUGAGGUUUUACAAAGUCAACUAUGUCUAAGACCAUUUAUAAAUCAGUUCUUUUACACAGCAUUUAAAAAGUCAGGAGCUAGUAAGGAGAACCAUAAAUGUAUUGCAGUCUGUUUUCUCCCUAAGGAGUACUAAGCAGUUUGAUCAGUCUGGGCAUGUUAUUCACCAGCUUCCCUUUAAAUGCAUCAGAUGACAGAAGAAGAAAGAAUGAUGUGGAGAUUCAUAUGUUUUGUGUUUGAUAGUGUUAAUAAGAAGUGCAAGUUCUCUAUUAAGGAGCUAACAGCUGGUUAAAACAGUUAACCUGCGAAACUACUUCUUUUUCAGCUGGUUUUUAAUGUGAUAUCAAAAUUACAGAAAAAUAAAUGUAUUCUACAUAUUAAAAUUCAGUUUCUUACAAAUACAUGUCCAAAAUAAAGAAUACAAAGCAUUAAGUAAUUAAAAGAUUUAUGUCACUGUAAAUAUGUCUUUGCUUUGUAUGGAAAUACUGUUCUUUACAAUUUACAAAGAUAAACUAACACUUUGUACACCAUAAGAAAGAAAUACACAGACUAAAGAUCUUCUUGUGGGGCUAAGGGAUGGAACCCAUCUUGCUUUCUCUCUUAAGAUUAACGAAACAAAUUAAGCUUUUUGAGCACCACUUUUGUGGGGAGACCCAUACGCUGAUCUAGUAAUUAAAGCUUCAGAGUUUCAAUUCUAGAUCUAUCAAUGCCAGUUUCUCUCUGGUUUUAGCCUUUGAGAACCUGUUUAAGGAUACAUAAGUAAUCCAGAGCUGUGAAGAGUUAAAAGGUCCACUUGUCUGAUGAACUCAUUCGCUCUGGGUCACCUGCAACCAAGAAUUGGGAACCUUACAAGGGCGCAGGAAAGAUCCGAGUCAUGAUGAGUUUCAAUGACCUUGUUCAUUUAGGAACUAACUCUUUCUGGAUUCUCCUGCUGAGUUCCAGCAGGGCGGGCAAUGGGAUGAAAUCCCACCCACAAGCAUGAUGCCUGUGUAAUGACAAGUAGAUAGGGUUGAGGAAGGUUCAGAGAGCGUUACUGAGUGUGAGGAUGUACUAAUGGAAGCUGACCUCACCUGGAUUGUGGCAGGAAGUGGGGUCCUUAGGUCAUGACACAGACAUGUCAGCAUUGCUAAAGGAGUAAUUGAAAUAGGCUGAGUUCUAACAUAGCUAUAACUACAUUUUCUCUAUUUUUUAUACCACAGAAAGGAGGAAAAUAACUAUUUAUGGUCCAAGUAGUUAAGGUUGUUUGUUUGCUUUUAGAUAACAAAAAGUAGAUUGGUGGCUUAGAGAGAAACAUUCUAGGCAUUCCUUCAAAGAUCACACACUAAAAUCCAUUUUGACAUUUUGACAGGGUUUUUUUUCUUUUUUUGUGUGUGUUUUGUUUGUUUGUUUCUUUGUUUUUUGGUGUGUGGGGGAGUUACACCUGGAUGUCUAAGGUGAGGCUAAGUCCCUUUACAGGAAGAGACUUUAUUUAAAGACAGAAUGUGUCAAUCAUGAAAAUCUGCUUCAACUUUAGCAAAAAGAAAAAAAAAAUCAACAAAAAAAGUAUACUCUGUAUGCUGGGAUUCCAAGGUUCCAACAUGUUGCUACAAAUCUGUUUUGGGGGGAGGGGGUUCUUUCUUCUGAUAAUUUAGAGCCUGUUACCUUAGAAAGGCGUUUCUUCAAUGAUUGGUUGUAGUUAGUUCAUGUUCUUCAAUCAAAAUUUGCAAAUGUAUUUGUUGCUGUAUAGUGAUUGUUUUGCAGAAUAAAAUUGCUUGUCACCUAA